CAGGUGUAGCAGGGAAGUUAUAAAUGGCCUUCCUGGCCGUGACAGGACAGGCAGAGAGUCCUUGGGGAAACGCCGCCCCUUUAGGAGGUUCUGCAGCCGGAGCUGCUGCUUCUGGGGGCAUUGGCGCAGACUCUUUGACAGAAGAGGCCUCUGGCGUAGACUCGUGGACAGGCGAGGCCUCUGGAGCAGACUCGUGGACAGGCGAGGCCUCUGGAGCAGACUCGUGGACAGGCGAGGCCUCUGGAGCAGACUCGUGGACAGGCGAGGCCUCUGGAGCAGACUCGUGGACAGGCGAGGCCUCUGGAGCACAGUGUGCAGCCCACACACUAAAGAUGGCUACGGCCAUUACAGGCAGCACAGUAGAUAAUGGGGUGUCUGUUGACCUUGAGGGUGCUGAUGUUACGGGCUUGUGGCUUGGGAGCGUGGGCUCUGCGUGGCUUGGGAGCGUGGGCUCUGCGGGGUCAGCUGAUACGUGAGGUGGCUUGAGAAGGUCAGAGGGGACCUGGUGAGAUUCUGGUAGAACAACAGUUUUUUGACUUGACUCAGGAAGGCCUGCCGUGGCCGGACUUGACUCAGGAGCAACAGCAGCAACCUGACUUGGCUCAUGAAGAACAACUGUGGCGUGGCUUGG